AUGGCUGACCUCGGGGCUGACCCUAAUGCCGCAUACGGUGCAGUUUACUCGCCGUCCUUCCUCACUUUGUUUUACGACAAGUAUGUCUUGGGUUUUAACAUGAAAUACGUAUGGAAGUGCUCAACAGAGGACAUUCUUCUCCCUUUCUUCGCCGAGAACUUUUCUCGCAACCACCUCGACUGCGGCGUUGCCACAGGCUGGUUCCCUGCCGCGGCGCUCGCGCGCCCGUUCCGCAAGAACAGCAAGCAGCGCCUUGCACUCUUGGACCUGACGGCGAAUCCCCUCAAGGCCGCAACGGCUCGGAUUGAUUCAGUCGCCACAAACACCGAGGUUCUCUGUGUCGAGGCCGACGUCACGGAGCCGCCCCCAAAGCAACUCCUAGGCGAGCGUUUCGAUUCCAUAUCAAUGUUCAACCUUUUUCACUGCAUGCCCGGCGAAAAGGCGAAACUACGCGCGUUUGGCAUGUAUAAAGAGCUUUUGACCGAGAACGGCGUGUUGGCAGGCUGCACGGUGCUCGGUCCGAACGAGUCGACCAGCUGGCUCACCAAGUUCCAGCUUCGGUGGUACAACAAAUGGUGGGGAGUAUUUAACAACUGGGAUGACAAGAAGGAGGACAUCCAGGAGGCGUUGGAUCAGGAGUUUGAGGAGGUAGAGACCUGGGUCAUUGGCCAGGUGAUGCUUUUCCGAGCGAAGAAGCCAAGGAAGGCGCUUUUGGACGUUUGA